AGGCUGAUGAAGGAUCUCUUUGUGGAGGUCCAGCAUGCCCUGAAAUAUGCUGACAUCUCUGUCGUCUUUGGCCUGGAGGAGAGCAUCCAAUUCAGUGGUGAGGAUGCGGUGAAGGCCAUCGUGAAGACUGCGGCUAAAAGAUUGUCCCUGCGUUCGGACUCCAACCGGGCUCAACUGCGUGCCGCACGCUCUGGUAGCGAGGGAGCCAUCAGGUGCAUGGCGGACACCAUCACACAGGUCAUAGAGGACUGGAGUUUCGAAGGCCAUUUUGGAGCCAGGAGGAGCCGUGGUAGUGGGAGGUCACACUCCUCAACCUCCUCAAGGAGUGACGUCACCCUCACCGAGGAGCUCCUGGCUUGGAGGGAAACCCUAGACGAGGACCUAGAGGAGAUGGCUGAUGACAGCACUGGUUUGGAAAAGACCAGUGUGAGCUCAGCCAUCUCUGAGAAGUCCCAGGUAAUUAGCUACCUUUCUGAAAGCACCAAGCCCAUCAGCAGCGCCCUCUCCACAGACCUCGAGGACAUCACCUCCACACAGAAGAAAGAGAAGGAAGAAGCUAUGCAGAAAGAAGUGAGGAAGUCAGGAAAGAAGAAGCGAGGAAAUAACAAGAACCAGAAGAAGAACAAGGUGUCUCCUCUUGGCAAUGAUAGUACUGUGGCUGCAGAUGAGCCUAAGAAAAAACAGGCUCUCCUCCCGCGGAUCACAGCCGCCCUGGCAAAACUAUUUUGCUUCCCCUGCAAGAAAAAAAUGCAAACGUAA